GCUCUGAAAUAUGUUUGUGUUGGUUUCCUGGUGUUCCCAUGUUCAACUACGGGCAACAUUUUUGAUCAUUUUGUCGUUAUUGAUAUAGGAUUGGCCACUUUAUGGUCUGAACUCUUUUGUCAUGGACCAGACAGAAGAGAACCACAAAUGCAUCACGUUUAGACGAAUGCUUUGCUGAGAACAUUCUGGUUACUUUUAGUAUGUGGACAAUCCCUACCCUCCAAAUGAAACCAAGAUUGCACCAUUGCCUCACUAAACAUCUGGGAGCCGCUUAGAUUCCUCCCAGUGACUCGCAGAUGAAUGCAAGCAUGUCUUGCAACGGACUGUGUCCUGAUCUCCCGUGCAAUGUGAGUCUCACAGUGAAGGGUGAUAGCAAACCGGCGACAAGCAUCAUCAUGUUCUUGGCCGGCGUGGUUGGGAACCUGCUGGCGCUCUUCAUCUUGGGGGUACACCGCAAAGAGCACCGCUCCACGUCGUCAGUAUUCUCCAUCCUGGUGACGGGCCUCGCCCUCACAGACCUGCUGGGCACUUGUCUACUCAGUCCAUCUGUCUUCAUCUGCUAUGCCCGCAACGUGUCCCUCAUUGGCCUGGGUGGCGAGAACCUGUGCCAGCUUUUCGGCUUUGCCAUGAGCUUCUUCGGCCUGGCGCCCACCCUCAUUCUUUGCACAAUGGCCGUGGAACGCUGCCUUGCCAUCAGCCACCCUUACUUUUACUCGGUGCACAUCCGUCAAAGCUUCGCCAAGGUGACCCUCGUCAUCAUUUACCUCUUUUCCUUAGCUUUCUGCCUGCUGCCGUUGGGGGGCAUCGGCAAGUUCAGGCAGUACUGCCCGGGGACGUGGUGCUUUAUCGACAUGGAUGCCACGGGGGACGCCAACGCCGACCGGGUGCAAGCCUUCUCGCUCACUUACUCCACCCUCAUGGCGUUGAUCAUCCUUGCUGUGUUCGCUUGCAAUGGCUCGGUGAUUGUAAGCCUUUGUCAAAUGCACCGCAGUCAGUUGAUGCGGCGAGGAUCAGCCCAAUCCACGGGCAGGAGGAGGAAACUGAGCCUGCCCUUGUUCGGAAGGGGCGAGGAGGAGAUGGACCACCUGGUACUGCUGGCGCUCAUCACCGUCAUCUUUGCCGUCUGCUCGCUGCCACUGACGUUUGCCGGGUUCAUCAACGCCAUCCACCCGUUCAGCGACGACAAGGAGAACCUGACUGCUUUCCGCUUUUACGCCUUCAACCCCAUCGUGGACCCGUGGGUGUUCAUCAUCUGCCGCAAGUCCGUUUUACGACACCUGCGCUCACUGCUGAACUGCCGCUUUGGCCGGGGGGCCGGCGUCAAGACCCCAUCUCACUCCGUUGCCAUGCCCUUGUCCUUGGAGGGCCACGUGAUUCAACGUCAUGCUCCUGACUUGACGCAGAAUGGCUAUUAUGCGGGCUUACCCACGUCGCCUGGUAAAUGAUGAACUAAAAAUACUUUGUUCGACAUCUUUGGACUUGCACUGUUCAAACAAGCCACACUGACUCCUUGAAUAGACUGACUGCCCCUCCCCAUUUUUACUUUUUAACUGUUUUACUGCCAUUGACAGCUAUAGACGUCCAAUACAUUUGAACCGUCUAGUCAAAAUGGAUUGGACAUCUAUCACUGUAAUUGGCAGUCAAUUACCUGUGUGUAUAUAUAUAUAUAAUUUAUAUGCAUGAAUGUUUACAGUGUUCUUUCAUUGAUUCAAUCCUAAAAUGACCAAAAAGGACAUGAAAAACUUAGAUAGUGAAGGUCUACUAAUGGUCCAUUUGAAAGCACUUUGCCCAUCUUGUGUAUGAAUAAUUAAUUUGCAAGUGUUUCAUUGGUGAAACAUGUACACUGUUUAGAUAUAAAGUGAAAUGAUGUGUGUCUAUGUCAGUGGGUGAACCUUUUGGGUGCAAAGAGCUUGUUUUGUUUCUUUAUAACGUUUGCAGCGGUGCAUCAGACAGCCGCUCAAUAAAUUUAGCAAAAGCUUGAACGCCAGUUUUACACUUGUUCACACUUCGCGGGAGGUGUGGUAGAAUUUACCUCGUUUUGGUAAAUUGGUCUCUCAUGCUAAUUACCGCUAACGUUGCCUAGGGACUUGGAAAUAUUUUUCAAAUUGGUGAAAUUACAAUUCAAACCUUUCAGGGACUGUGGUAGGCUGUUAGCAAUCUUUAAAAUUAUUAUUAAUCAUUUGAACAAAUAUUUUUAUAUAAAUAUACAUAGAUAAAUACCACGUUAAUGAAUGCUAAAUGAAUUAAAAACGCAUACACUGUAGUUAUGGUUAAGUAACAUUCGAAUUAUGUCAUAGUAUUUGUCUCAGUACAUGCCAGGUGGGUAGAGUAGCCAAAAAUUGUACUCAAGUAAGAGUAGCGUUACAAUAGGCAGAGUUUGACUUUUGGGGCAGGGGGGCACAACAUGUUGAUGACCCCAAAAACACAGUGUCAGCAAUAAAAUUGACUUAAAAGAAUAAUUAAAAUAAUAAGUUGACAAUGAGCGCUUUGUUUCCCAUCAUUCUUGAGGGGAAUUCUAAAUCAGGCUGCUUAAGCAAUACUUUUCGCCAAGAUCGUCAUCCAUUAAAUUUGGCACGCCCACCGGUGUCGUGCCAAUGUAGUUACCCCAGUCAAAAAUUGUAUCCCCUGGGCGAAGCCAUAUGGAGGUAGAUUUGUUUCUUUAUUAUUUAAUCAAAAAAAGAAAAAGAAAAAAAAGUUCCUUCAAUCAAAAUAUAUAUUUUCAACCCCAAAAAAAGUCGGUUCAAUUAAAAAAAAAAUGUGUUUGAAUACAAAAAUAAAUUUGAAACUCAAAAAGCAUGUGAAAACUAUUUUUCUUUGAUUUUUUUUUUUUCUGUUUUUUUUUUUUUUUUGGAUUGAAGUCAAGGUUUUUUUUGUUUUGUUUUUGUUUAAUUAAAGCAACUUUUUGAUUGAAGUAAUGUUGAUUUGUGUUUGGGCCACAUUUUUGGCCAGGACAUUUCUCUCUUUAUUAUUCAAUCAAAAAAUAAGUUGCUUCAAAAACAUUUCAAUCAAUAAGAAAAAUCACUUCAAUCAAAAAAAGAAACAUUUCAAUCAUACAAAAAAGUUUUUGAAUGCGAAAAAAUAUUUGAGAUUGAAAAAUAUGCAUUUGAACACUUAAUUUUUUGAAGCAAUUGAAGCAAUCCUUUUUGUGUUUGAGCCAUAUUAUGAUUAGGACAUUUGUGUCUAAAUCAUUCGAUCCCCUAAAA